AUGACUUUUAUCAAAACGUUCUUGAAAAAAUUUCUUCGAUUUGAUCCCUUCGGCGAUCAACUAAGGGACUUGGAUAAACUUCAUUGUGUGAUAGGACUUAAGCUCAACACACCCCGGAAAGUGAAGCUGUUCAAAACAACUCUCUACAUCAUGAUUUUCCUGUGGUUUGCCUUCGCCCAUCGAUUGUAUGUGGUUGCUUCGAAGCAUUGGGGGUUUAUUUACACCGUAACCACAACCAUGGUUCUGGUCGCCAUUUUCUCCGCUUCACUGCGAGCGUACGGAUUGCACCGGAAAUACAAGUAUCUCGUUCAACUGCGCCAAAACCUUCUAACGUGCUCAGCAUUCAACCGAGAUGAUGCUGAGGCACGGCGUUUGAGAACGGAACAUUUUCAAAAUAAUCAAAAAUUUUGCCUAUUUAUGGUGUGUACCGGAUUCGUGACAAUGUUGAUUUGGAACAUGACCGACUACCGUUGGACCGAUCAGUAUCAGAUGGCGUUUGAUCUCAACUUUUUGCAACCUCGGAUAAAAUCUGCACUGGACACAAUUUUUGGUCUUUCGCUUAUCGUUAUAGCGUUUUAUUUCUGGAUUCCCUUCAUCACGGUGAGAGUAUUGCUGCAGAUUCUAAGGGCUGAAUUUAUGAUUAUGAAUAAAUCGUUGGAGAGUGUGUUAGUAAAACCCAUCGCAGCAGCCAAACUUUAUGGGAACCAGGCUUCUGGAUCACAGCAGGCCGCUGAUACUUACCACAAUCAAAUGUUUUGGAACAGCCUUCUUGAUGAGCUGAAACGAAUGAUCGAACAGCAUCGGCUUCUAUUUGACAUGGUUGAAAAUGUUCGUCAGCUAACGAGCAUCCAAUUUUUGGCCGGUAUGGGAGCCAGUGUUGCCAUAUCUUCGGUCUCGGUGUUUCUGUUCAUGUCGAUGAAGGGGGAAAGUGCUGCCGUAAUAGCCAUUUCCUCAAUCGUUAUGCUAGAGAAUUACUACAACAGCGUUUUGGUAGAAGAAAUCGAGGCGUGUCACUUCGCUACCGGUACAAUAAUUUUCAACCUGGAAUGGCCGAUGGUGCUGCGUUAUGAGCAACAAUUUUGUGAUCAGUACCGGGAUGCCAGGAAGAUUCUAUUGAUUGUUUUGAUGAGAACUCGCAGGAAGUUGCACUUCAGUUGCGGUGGAAUGUUUGAAAUGUCGUUAGUAUCUUUUUUCCAGACCGUCAAGACUUGUUACACUAUUCUGAUGUUUUUGCUCACCAAAUCAGAGCAUUGA